AAUGCGGGUGGAGCAUCAGACUGAAGCACGAUGCUAAUUUCCUGAAUCGCGACGGGUGCCAUUUCGGAUCUGAGCACCACUCCUAGAGUAAAAGUGGAACUUACUGUAAGCACAAAGUUAUGCAGGUACACAAAGAUCUCGGAGAGGCUGCGACGGUCAACUCCAGGAGAGCUACAAUGUUCAGUUCUGUGUGGAGGUGCUAGGUGCAAGUACGACAGUUCAUCAUAUUGGUCAGCGAAGGACACCGCUAUCAAGGGCAUCUACUCACAUUGGGUCACCGAUGACAUCCUCGCUAUGGCGAGGCCAAACACCGAGGCGAUUCUGCACUACAAUAUCAUCCAGCAGUUCCUUGAUCAGGGCAUCAAAUCCAUCUUCAACCUGCAGCUGGUAGGAGAGCACGCGCACUGCGGAGCGAAUCCUCUCGAGAGCAGCGGCUUCUCCUACGAUCCGCAGCAUUUCAUGGACAGAGGAAUCUUUUUCUACAACUUCGGAUGGGCGUGCACUCGCAGGAAGGACUACGGGACCCCGAGCAGUAACCCGAUGCUCUUGGACAUGGUAAAAGUGAUGGCAUUCGCACUGAGCGAAGGUAAGGCUGCCGUCCACUGCCACGCGGGGCUCGGCCGGACAGGUCUUUUCAUCGCCUGCUACCUGGUCUAUUCGCUACGGUGUCGGCCAAACGACGCUGUUCGCUACGUACGUCACAAGCGUCACGGCUCCAUUCAAAGUCAAGCACAGAUAGUCUGCAUCCAAAAGUUUGCACAAUUCCUGCUCCCACUGUUCGUCGUCUAUCCUAUCCAAUAUUCCAAACGGAAACCCUCAAAAGCAGACAAAUACAGGCCAUCAAAGGCUGUCGACUUCACGCUCAACCAGUACCUUGCCAAGCAACGCAAAGUGGCUCACGGCUUAGAGGGUCGCCAUUUGCGCUACAUCCCCAAAAUCCUGUAUGUCCUCUGCGAGCGAAUGUUGCAGCUGUGCCAAGUUCAAACACAAAGCUCUUCCCGCCGAAGCUUGAGCUUCCAGUUGACGCAACUAGAGCCUUUCUGUAAGCACUUUCUUGCUUCCGACCGACCUUCUUCUCUGGAAGAGGACUCAUCUCCCGAAGAAGAACCAUCAGAUGACUAUGUGCUGGAUUCGAUGCUCAUUGCUGGACUUUCGGGCCUCUUAUCUCCGAGUAGUCCAGACUACAACUACGACGAUGAAGACUUCGAGCCGAGCGAAGGCAGCAGCAGCCAAGAGGAAGAGCUCAUCACAGAGAAUGCAUGCUUUCGGGAGCUGUCUUCCCAGAAGGAGCUCCGCUCUAUCGCAAGGACGACAAAGAAGACGACAUCGGAGGUUGCCGAGGCACUGCUACAAGACCGUCUCAUAUUACAUACUAGGCUGGGACAGUUUCAGAAGGACCUCAAUACGCGUGCUUCUGCCUGGGAUCGCCUCAAUGUUGAGGAAGACGUGUCCCUACUCGCUGGCUUGCUCUGGAACUGGCUAGAUGAGUUGCAGGAGCCAGUUCUGAACAGGACCGACCUCACUUUUGUGGUGAUUAGAGCGGAGAACCCCGCCGCCGUACUGCACAAGUUGGACAGGGGAACACGGUUCACAACCGAGUACUUGGUGCGCUUCGUGAGUCGCCUGGGCCUGACUACGGUGUCUGAGAGGCGUAACCUGCUACGACGACUGACGGCGUCUCUAUGCCACCAGACACUGCAACUGGAACCGGAAGGACAACGGCCACUGGGAAAGACCUGGCCCAGGAUGCGGGAUGGCACGGCAACGAGGGUCACGACCUUCAUUGAAGGCUUGUAUGAUGCUGUGACACGGCACGCUGAGACACCACUGCAGAACGGCGUAUACAACGAGGAGAAGGACAAGAGCUUCCACGGGAUCAACAUCAUGGCCUCUGCCAUUGCGAGGUAGCAACGACACCUCAUCGAUGGAGAUUCCACGCAGCUACCGCAGUGCAACGAACUGGCCUAAAAGGCGUCGUAGACGCAUCGAAUACGUAGAAAAGUGCCCCUUUCAGCAUGAAAGGGCCAUCUGGAAGCUCCCCAGCUAUCCGUUUGAAGGUCAAAAAGUGCCCAAAUAUCAUCACAUUUGCAAAUAUUUCAU